AUGAAACCCGGUGCUAUGGCCCUGAUGUGCCUGAUGCUGGCUGCCGUGUGGCUACAGGAUGUAGACAGCAAGAGCCUGCAUGGGGUCUCCUCUAGCUGCUGUUUGGAAACCUUGAAGAAACAGCUUCCCCUGAAGACUAUCAUGUGUUACAAAGAGAUGAGCCCCACCUGUUCUUACUCAGCUGUGAUAUUCAGGCUGAAGAAAGGUAGAGAAACCUGUGCCUUAACCAACGUCAUGUGGGUUCAAGAUUACCUAAAGAAGGUGAACCCCUGCUUAACUGAGGUCAAGAGAAGCUACCUUUCCACCCCAGUACCAGAGACUCCAGCUUCACUCAGCCCUUGA